AUGCGAAUGCUGGAGGGUCAAACUGACGAGCACAAGUUCGCCGGUCUGCUCAUGGUCACGAAGCUGGACGAUCUGUCGACCGAUCAACUCCAGCAGGUUCGGCAACAGGUUCUCACGACCGUCGGUGUGAGUUUCUUUCUACGGCUACUGCACACGAGAGGCCCGGAUGACGUCGAGCUGCUUUCGUCCUUUCAAAGCCUCGGACUCAACUUAAUUGCGAGCUUCUGCACAGACCCAAGCGUGGCGAAGGAGUUUGCACAGGAUAAGCUCAUGAGGUUUCUUUUAGAACAACUGGGGUCCCAGUCAACGCCGCAUGAGUCGGCUCUGGACUGCGUUCGCAUUCUAUCAGGCUUGAAACAGACUGAAAAAGGCUUGCAGGUUAUGAUGAACGAAAGUGUUCUCGGACGCCUCUUUAGUGCGAUGAAGAAACUGAGUCGAUCUCACUCGAACCGAGAUCUGACUGUGGAGAGCAAGUCGGCUGAGCAAGAGCAAGUGACAGAUUCCCUAUUGGAGGAUCUGUGGAGCAUUGUGGGUGGCAUGGCGAGCAAUCCAGAGCUUUGGGCACACAUCCAUAGCUAUGACUUCGAGUUCAUCUGCUCUAACUUUUCACGCGUGCGAGGUGACAGCGCCAUCCAAGUGCUAGCUGUUUUGAACAGCUACAUGAGGCUCGUUGAGAUUGGUGACGCGCCGGUCGAGCUACUAAGCUCACAGUGUCUUUCUGACAUUCGCACGGGCGUCCUACGCUUUCUACGUGCUAAGUGGCCUCAUCAGGAGCGUGACGAGUGCUUGCGACUCAUAUUCCAACUCAUACAGCACUCGGGUACUUCGUGGAUGCUGCCAGGCACUACGCUACGCAGCCAAGCGCCCCCUGAUGAAGUGUCCGGCGGCAAAUUCGUUCUGUUCCUGCUGAAACUCGUGUCCAUUGAAAUUAAAAUUAUGCUGGACGAAGUGGAGCUAUCUCUGAUACAAGUCGAUGAAGCAAAGGUGGAGUCUGUGGAAGAGUCCGAGAGACGCGAUAAGGAAGUCAAACGUGUGCUCGCCAUAUUACCAAUUUGCUAUGGGAUCGUUGAGAUGGUCAUCAGCGGUUUAGUCUCCAACUACGAGAACGAACUCAUGCUUCCCUACGACAUUUUGCUGGAGAUGAAGGGGACAUUCAACCAGGUAUUUGUUGUGGUGCUCGAACUGCUGACACUAGUUCGCGAUUACGUCCAGACUCAUCGCUAUCGUGAGCUGCGCGAGACCCACGCAGAAUCAGUAUACCACCUGGAUGCAGUGAUUUGCGCCAGUGUGCGUAUUGUGAGUGCCUGGAUUGCAGAAGACUCCGACACGAGUGUCGAUCUAGUGAUGCAGUUGGUUCCAUUCAUGGUAUGCUACAAGCCAUUACUGGCUUGGGUUGCAGAAGACGAUGGAGCCCAACUCUUUAAAUCGGAGGACAAUCAGACUUUCGAUUCCGAUGACGAGAUUGACUCAGACGACGAGAUUGACGCCGUAUCUCAGAUGAUGCAGAAGGCUGCCGUGAUUCACAAGACCGAUAGCAGUAUUGACCAGCUGCAUUUCUUAUUGCCAGGAUUGCUCCAGCUCAGUGCACUACCCGACGGCGCAACGGUAAUGUCGGAGAACGUGGAUGUUCUGAGACGUUUGAUGCAGUUUUGCUGCACCAUCUGCGCCGAUAUCGCCGACGGGAACACAGAGUUUGCCAACGUGUCUACCCUCACACUCUGUCUGGGCAUUUUGAUCAACCUUAUCUUGAUUCGUGGAAGCAACGAGAGCUCUGGAACGUCGCAAACCUCUGGUGUACCCAACGCACUGGAGUGGUUCCGUGCAUUGACGUUCCUCCUUCCUGUGGCGUGUGCCAGCGGAUCUCGAUUAAUGACAGAUAAGGAACUUACGGUGGAUAAUCGAGGUGAAGACGACCGCUACGUGAUGCUUCUACACAUCGUCUGCGUGGUGAUGUUUAUUGUGAGCCAUUUUCAAGACAAGAAGCUCCACCCGUGCCGCUUACCGGCUGCAAUUGCAAGUUUGGUCACGUCAUGCAAUCACAUUGUCACGUGGAUUGUGGAGCACCCUCCUGAUGCGAAGACCGAGUCAACCUCGGACCUCUUCGAGCUGGUGCGAGUCCUCUCGAUGAAGUCAUUUUUGACGCCGGAGCUGUUGUCUCGAUGAAAGUUUUUCUUCGGACCAGUGAUGGUACAUGCAUUUAGCAUGCUUGACAGAGGAUUCGAGGCUGUACGUGUGGAACUGCAUACUUGUUUUCUCGGUUAAAUAAGUUUCUCAAUAAAGCAGCUACUGUACGGCAAAGCUCUGUGCUUUCCUACUGAGGGAGGGCAACGCCGGCUGUACGAAUAGUGAACAUGA